UUGCGUUUGUGUGAUAUGGUUCCGGUGGUUAGAUAGAUCCGGAACGCUGGUACGUACGAAUGAUGUGGUGCAAGUGGGAAGAUGAAACUGUCACACCUGAUACAUCUGAUACAAGUGUAUCGGUGGACAUGUAAUAGGUGAGGAGAGAAAUUAGGCCAGAAGCAAGUGGGCUGGAGCCGUGGAUGUAAUGGGCCGCGUAUGGCCUGGAGUGGGGUACUUAACCCAUCGUGUAUCAGUGGACUGGUUAUGCAAUGAGAAAACACUAACGACUCUGUUCCCAUCUCCUUCGUCUUCCUCCCUCCUGCUCUCCUCACCUAACCCCUUUUCCCUCCGUGCGAUCGAUCCCCUUUCCCUAGGGUUCAUCGGUCGUCACAAUUGGUAUCUAGAGCCACAAAUUUUUCUUCCUUCCUGCCAGAUCCGCGCCGCCGCACCACAAUCUCUUGGCAAAUCGGUAACAUCCACUGCAUCAGGUGCAGAUUCGCUUCGGUGAAUCAGCCCAAAAUCCUGUGCAGGGUUCGAUUUGUUCGGAGCGGGAGCAACGGCGCCAUCCAAGCCUUCUGCGCAGACACGGCAACUCAUAGCCGCCAUGGACACGCAGACGUCCAACCUCACGGCUCUCAUGGAGAAGCUCCUCUCGCGAUUCGACGAGGAGAAGGCAGAGGCAGACAAACGCGCUGAGGUGCAAACCCAGUUCAAUCAGCAGGUAUCCCAGGAGCUGCAAAGUCUGUCGAAACAGAUCGGGAUCACUCAAGCCGAGAUCGAUGACGUGCGGCAGGUGGCAUCUCCCUCGGCCUCGGCCGCGCUGUCCGCCAGGUCCGGCAUCGACAACCCCUCCACCACCGUGCUGCACACGCCGCCGCCCAAGGAAGGACCGCAUCAACCCGCACCGCCACCAUCACCGGGGCUCCGUGCACCCCCAUCUCCAGGUGCGGUGCCCAUGCCGCACGCGUUCACCGGAGGACCGCAGCCUGCGCGACUGGUCAACGAGGGGCCGCCCCUGCUUCCCAGGCUAGAACCACUGGCCGUUCCACCAGCGCACGCCCACCUGCAACAGCCACGGGAGGAUCACGGCAUCAGACCACCUAAACACCAGUUUCCUCGCUUCGACGGUGAGGGUCCACGCCUCUGGCUUGAUCGUUGUUUAGCUUAUUUCGAGCUCUAUCGCGUGCCGGAGCACAAUUGGGUGGCCACCGCAGCGCUCUAUGUCGAGGGUCAUGCCGCGCUCUGGCUCCGAGCGUUUCGGCAGCAGCAUCCAGUUCUUCAUUGGGAUAUGUUCAGACGUGCUCUGGAGGAGGAGUUUGGACCAGAGGAGUUCGAAUCCAUGAUGCACAAUCUCUUGCAGUUGAGGCAGACUGGCAGUGUGGUGGAUUACAGGCAACAGUUCGAAGUUUACAUGUACAACUUGCUGGCACUAGAUGCAACCCUCAGCCCAAAAUUUUUUGUUACUCAGUUCUUAUUAGGCCUGAAGGAUGAGCUCCGAGCAGCAGUACGCAUUCAAGCACCCAAUAGCAUAACGAGGGCCACAGUUUUUGCAAGGAUUCAGGAAGAAGAGCUUGAAAAUCAGCGUUCCAAGUCACGACCGGCGCAUACGGGCAGAUCAUCACCACUGCUCUAUACGGCACCACCGCCAGGAAGACCACCACCAGCACCAUCCACAGGGCCUGCGGUGCCUCUGACUCGACCGAUGGCAGCAGCCAAACCAGCUACAGAUGACUUUGGCAGAGAACGACAGUUACGCGAUUACAGACGCCAACAUGGUCUUUGUUUUCGCUGUGGGGAGAAGUACUCCAGGGAACACCAAUGCAAGCGCUCAGCCCAGUUAUUGACAAUUGAGGUAGGGGAGUAUGGGGAAGUUCUCUCCGAUGACGCGGUACGCGCCCUGGAACUACUGGAUGAGCCGGCAGCCACAGAAUCAGCCUGUUGCUUACUGUCAGCCAACGCGGUGGAAGGCACCGAAUCCGCGGAAACGAUCAGACUUCGCGCAACCGUUGGCGAUCAGACAAUGUUGUUGCUGGUUGAUUCCGGGAGUACACACAGUUUCGUCAAUGCCUCCUUCGCCAAACGCAUCACUGCAGCAACCAAGCCCAUACCUACAGUAGCUGUCAGAGUGGCUAAUGGACAACAGCUACAGUGCACUGAAAUGGUUCCUCAGUUACAAUGGACGGCACAGGGACACAAGUUCAGUUCCGACAUGCGUGUCCUGCAACUUGGGGUCUAUGACGCAGUCCUUGGGGUGGAUUGGCUUGCCCAACAUAGCCCGAUGCAGUGUGAUUGGAACCUCAAGACAAUUCAGUUUGAUUGCGAAGGAACACCGGUGCAUCUCACUGGUGUCCGAUCAGACGAAACACCAGCUCUCACAGCCCUCGAUGCAGCUCAAUUAUGGCAAAUGCAUGAGGCGAACGAGAUCUGGGGUGCUGCCUUGGUGGCCAUGCAGGCCCUGUCCACCCACAAUACAGAGGAUCCUAUUGUCCCUGUAAUCCAACAAGUGUUGACAGAAUUCAGAGAUGUCUUUGAGGAGCCUACCACACUUCCCCCACACAGGCAAUAUGAUCACGCCAUCAAUUUGGAACCCGGAGCAGUCCCCGUCAACUGCCGACCCUACCGCUACUCGCCGCUGCAGAAAGACGAGAUAGAACGGCAAGUUUCAGAGAUGCUCCGCCAAGGCCUGAUCACCCACAGCAUGAGCCCGUUUGCAGCUCCGGUGCUGCUGGUAAAGAAGAAAGACGGCACUUGGAGGUUCUGCGUGGAUUACCGUCGCCUCAACACUAUUACUAUAAAGAACAAAUUUCCCCUGCCAAUCAUCGACGAGCUCUUGGACGAACUCGCAGGCGCUGCAUUCUUUUCCAAGAUUGAUUUACGAGCUGGGUAUCAUCAAAUACGAAUGAGAGAAGGUGAUGAAGAGAAGACUGCUUUCAAAACACAUCACGGGCACUUCCAAUUCAGAGUCAUGCCUUUCGGAGUCACGAACGGACCACCAACAUUCCAGUGCUUGAUAAACUCCAUCUUCUAUGGUCCGAAUCGUAAGUUUGUCAUUUCCUUCCUUGAUGACAUUCUUGUGUUCAGCUGCUCUCUCCAGGAACAUGUAGAGCACCUUCGCACUGUCUUCUCCAUUCUCCGUCAACAUCAACUAUAUGCCAAAGAGUCCAAGUGUUCCUUUGCUCAGCCUCGCAUCGAAUACCUGGGUCAUGUGAUCUCCAAGGAAGGUGUGGCCACCGAUCCCAGCAAGACGAGUGCGAUGCGCGAGUGGCCUACUCCAACAAAUGCCACUGAGCUGCGCGGAUUCCUUGGGCUCGCGGGCUAUUACCGCAAAUUUGUUCCCCGUUAUGGAAUCAUCGCCAAGCCACUGACACAACUUCUCACCAAGAAAGGAUUCAUGUGGUCAACUCAAGCACAAGCGGCAUUCGACUUGCUCAAGGAUGCCAUGGUCAACACCCCCGUUCUUGCUCUGCCGGACUUCUCACGCCCCUUCUGCAUCGAGACCGACGCGUGCGACACCGGCGUGGGAGCCGUGCUGGUCCAGGAUGCCCACCCCGUGGCCUAUCUCAGCAAGGCUUUGGGGGUGCGCAAUCAGCGCCUCUCCAUCUAUGAGAAGGAGUUUCUCGCGGUCAUCAUGGCCGUCGAGAAGUGGCGACAUUACCUCCAACGCGCUCCAUUUGUCAUCAUCACCGACCACAAGAGUCUAUGUAGCCUCGGCGACCAACAGUUGGACACAGAGCUGCAGCGUAAAGCCAUGUCAAAGCUAGUCGGACUCCAGUUCUCCUUCAAGUACCGGCGGGGAGUCGAAAAUGGCGCAGCGGAUGCGCUCUCGCGCGUCGGCCAUCUCCUCGCUCUCGACGCUCUGUCAACGUGCCAACCGCAAUGGUUACAGGAAGUGGCCAAUUCCUACGAGACAGAUGCAGAUGCCCAAGAUCUUCUCCAAUGAUUGGCCCUCUGCAGUCCGGAUGAGCAGGGGUAUGAGCUCCGUCAAGGCGUCAUCCGCUUCCACAACAAGCUCUGGAUUGGCGCCAAUUCGGCCAUGCAAACCAAGCUCAUCACCGCCUUCCACGCCAGCGCGGUGGGGGGCCACUCGGGCGCGACAGCCACAUAUCAGCGUGUCAAGAAACAUUUCGCCUGGCGUGGCCUCAAGCAAGCCGUGGAGGAGUUCGUGCGGCAGUGCGAGGUGUGCCAACAUGCCAAGCACGAACACAUCAAGACGCCAGGCUUACUACAGCCACUGCCUGUGCCCACGGAGCCGUGGCACGACCUAACCAUGGACUUCAUCGAGGGAUUGCCGGCGUCCGAGGGCUACGAAGUCAUCAUGGUCGUCGUCGACCGCUUCACCAAGUACGCACAUUUCGUGCCUCUCCGCCAUCCCUUCACGGCUGCAACGGUGGCACGUGCCUUUUGGGACAAUAUCAUCAAGCUCCACGGCGUUCCUCACUCCAUCGUCUCCGACCGGGACUGCAUAUUCACCAGCAACAUGUGGCGUGCCAUUCUUGAUGCUGCUGGCACCAAACUGAGCUACUCCACGGCGUACCACCCACAAACUGACGGCCAAAGCGAGCGUGUGAACCAGUGUCUGGAGAUGUACCUGCGCUGCGCUGUCCAUGAUACACCAUCCAAGUGGCGCAAGUGGCUCUCGACAGCGGAAUUCUGGUACAAUACCACCUAUCAUUCCUCGCUGAAUACCUCACCCUUUCAGGCACUGUAUGGGAAGGAGCCCAAUUUUGGAGGACUGCCGACGCUCGCAGCACAAUUGCCAGCAGAAACGAGCUCAGAGCUGGACUGGGCCACGCAUACAGACGCUCUCCGGGCACAGCUCGCGCGCGCCCAGAAUCGUGUCAAACAGAAGGCAGAUAAGCACAGGACGGAGCGCUCGUUCGCGGAAGGUGAUCAAGUGCUCCUCAAGCUUCAGCCGUACGCGCAGUCUACGGUGGCUAAUCGCCCCUGCCCCAAGCUCGCCUACAAGUUCUUCGGACCGUUCACUGUCCUGCAACGCAUUGGCGCCAUGGCAUACAAGCUCCAACUGCCGGACAACAGCCGGAUACACCCAGUUUUCCACGUGUCACAGCUGAAGCCUUUCACACCGGACUACUCGCCGGUCUUCUCCGAGCUGCCUCGCGCGCCAGACCUCACCGCGGCUCCCCUCCAACCCGUGGCCAUCCUGGAUCGACGGAUGGUCAAGAAAGGCAACAACUCGGUGGUUCAGGUGCGCGUUCAGUGGUCAUCUCUUUCUCCAGCGUCAGCAACCUGGGAGGACUACAACGUGCUGCGCCUUCGCUAUCCUACGGCACCUUGCUGGAAGAACGACGCUGCCGCUCAAGGCGGGGCAACUGUCACACCUGAUACAUCUGAUACAAGUGUAGCGGUGGACAUGUAAUAGGUGAGGAGAGAAAUUAGGCCAGAAGCAAGUGGGCUGGAGCCGUGGAUGUAAUGGGCCGCGUAUGGCCUGGAGUGGGGUACUUAACCCAUCGUGUAUCAGUGGACUGGUUAUGCAAUGAGAAAACACUAACGACUCUGUUCC